AUGGUUACCACCCCACCCUUGCACCCUUAUUUCCUUCUCCCUCAUUCUCCCUCCCCAUCAGCCUCUCACCCACCCUGGGCGGGGAGGUAUGGCGGGCUGGGCUGGGAGCUGGAGAAGGGGUCGGGACUCAUUCGCUGUGGGGUGUGGAAGGUUGCGUGGUGGUGGUGCGGCUUUGGAGCAGAGUGUUUGGCGCACAGCCCCACAGGCGCGUGCAGGCGGGCAGCAAGGAGUGCAGUGCUGCAUGAGGCGGGUCAGGGGAGCGGGGGAGGCGGGGCAGGGGAGGCGGUUGUUAGGGAGAGAGGGUGCAGGGAUCCUCCUAUCCCCCGUUCCACCCUUAUACCCUGCCACACUUUUACCUCCUGCCCUCCUCCCUUACUCCGUUCCGUCGUUCCCCCACAGUCGUCCUCCUCUCCCUCUCCCUUCCUCCCUUCCUCCAUCUCUCUGCCUCACUACCCUCUUUACCCUCUCUGUUGCCCGUCCUCCCUUCCUCCCAUCCUUCCUUCCUGCCAUUCUUCCUCUCCUCAUCCUCCAUCAAUCCAGCCCCCCGUCCCCCUUCCAUCUCCCACUCUCCCACUCCCUUCCUCACGCCAACCGUGCUCCUCCGUUCCACCCUUCUACCUUCCCCCUUGUACCCUGCCGCACUUUUUCCUCUCAUCCGCCCAUCAUCAAUCCGCCCAUCAUCUUAUCCGCCCAUCCUCUCAUCCGCCCAUCAUCUCAUCCGCCCAUCAUCUCAUCCGCCCAUCAUCUCAUCCGCCCAUCCUCUCAUCCGCACAUCCUCGCAUCCGCCCAUCCUCUCAUCCGCCCAUCCUCUCAUCCGCCCAUCCUCUCAUCCGCCCAUCCUCUCAUCCGCCCAUCCUCUCAUCCGCCCAUCAUCUCAUCCGCCCAUCAUCUCAUCCGCCCAUCCUCUCAUCCGCCCAUCAUCUCAUCCACCUAUCCUCUCACCGUCGCCCACGCUUCUGCCUUAGUGCCUUUCCCCGCUCGCUCUCCCCUACCCACGUUUCAUCUUGCUCACCCUUCCACCCUUCCUCCGUGUCUCCCUUGCUCAUUUUCUGCCUCCGUGCAUUCUUUGUUCCCCACCAUGCAUCAGAGUUUGUGGUUCGUGUCUUUGGAGGUCUGCCAUGCAUCCAGUUGUGUUGA